CAGGUAAGCUCAGAAAGACUUCGCCGCACCUCAAAUUGGGAGCUGUCUCCAUUCUCCGAUCUGAAUCUUUCCGCAAACUAUCGAGGUUGACAAAGUAACCAUGAAUUCACUACUGCUCUGUUUGCUUGUUGUGUUGCUGCCAUGUGCACUAGCAUUAAAAUGUGACGUGUGUACCAACCUACCAGCGCAAGCGGGACUCUCGGGAAAACCCUGCACUGCUCCAGAUGUCAUGGAGUGUCCCUUUGGUAUGGAUAGAUGUAUGACCAUAAACGGUGAAAUAGCGAUUCUUGGUGCUGGUUCUGUGGAAUUCACAUUGAAAAACUGUUCAAACAGUGCACUCAUGUGUGCACCGGACGGCGUAGCCAACUUCUGCAAAAUUUUCAACACGACCGGGCUUAUGUCAUCUUGUACAACGGAUUGCUGUGAGGGAGACAAUUGCAACGGAGUCUCUGGAGCUGAAGCCGCUGGUCUGUCAGUCUGGCUUGCAAGCUUCUCCGCCAUUUUGAUGGCCCUGCACAAGAACUUUCUCAAUUGAUUUGUGAACUCAAAGUAGUUAAAUAUUCGUUUUGUUUUCGAGUUUGGCAAGAAACUGUUGAGAACACGAGAUAAAAUCAAUCUUUGAAAAAUAA